AUGGCGGAGAUCAAGUGUGUCGGAGUAGUGGGUGCUGGUCAGAUGGGCUCAGGAAUCGCGCAACUUGCCGCCAUGAACGGCCUCGACGUCUGGCUCAUGGACGCUGAUCGUGAUGCGCUCUCUCGAGCCACCGCAGCUAUCUCCUCCUCCGAAGUUGGUGAUGAUGCUAUGCGUCGUUUGCGUUUAACAUCCAGUCUUCAAGAUCUGCGUUCUGCAGAUAUCAUCGUCGAAGCCAUUCUGGAAUCAGAAGACAUUAAGAAGAAGCUGUUCAAUGAUUUAGAUGGUAUAGCCAAGAGUUCUGCUAUUUUAGCUUCCAACACAAGCUCCAUCUCCAUCACUCGUCUUGCAUCCGCGACACAAAGACCCAGCCAGGUCAUUGGAAUGCACUUUAUGAACCCUCCUCCAAUAAUGAAACUGGUUGAGAUCAUUCGCGGCGCAGAUACCUCAGAAGAGACGUUUGUUGCCACAAAAGCACUGGCUGAAAGGUUUGGCAAGACAACAGUGUGCUCACAAGACUACUCGGGCUUCAUCGUGAACCGGAUCCUCAUGCCGAUGAUCAAUGAAGCGUUCCACACACUUUACACAGGGGUGGCUACAAAGGAAGACAUUGACAGCGGAAUGAAGCACGGCACUAACCACCCGAUGGGUCCUCUGGAGCUAGCGGACUUGAUCGGCCUAGACGUGUGCUUGUCCAUCAUGAAAGUGCUGCAUCAGGGACUUGGGGACUCGAAAUACGCACCUUGUCCUCUUCUUGUUCAAUACGUUGAUGCUGGAAGAUUAGGAAGAAAACGAGAGAUCGGAGUUUAUGACUACCGUAAGAAGCCUGUCACUCCAUCUCCUCGUCUCUGA